AUGAUAUUCUCCUCCUCCCUCGAAAACCACACCCGCCAUGUACGCCUCAUUCUGUCCCGCCUCCUACAACUUCACCUCUACGUUAAAUUAGAAAAAAGUGAGUUCCACUGUACCACCAUCACCUUCCUAGGUUAUGUGCUCUCACCAGGAAAGGUGGAGAUGGAUCAAGCCAUACUCCAAGCUGUCUCUGCAUGGCCCGAACCAGCCACAGUUAAGGAUUUGCAACACUUCCUGGGGUUCGCCAAUUUCUAUAGACAUUUUAUCCGGAAUUAUAGCGUGAUUGCCGGUCCGCUAACCUCUCUUCUGAAAGGAAAGCCUAAGAGAUUAUCAUGGACGGACCGAGCAUGCGACGCUUUUCAAAAACUCAAGAACAGUUUCACCACAGCCCCGAUCCUACGUGACCCCGAUCUAGACAAUCCCUUUGUGGGAUUGUGGAAGUUGAUGCCUCCAGCUCUGGGAUUGGGGCGGUCCUGUCGCAAUGCCAGCCAGACUCCGGGAAACUCCACCCAUGUGCAUACUUCUCCAGGAAGCUAA